AUGAAAUUUUUACAAACGGUUCUUGUGCCUAUAUGGUUACUUGUAUCACUAGUUCAACCAAGUUCUGGUUCAGCCAUUGCUGAUGCAAAUGCCAACGCUGCAGACCAAAUUAAUAUACAAAAUGAGAAGAUCAAUGUCGACAAAGAAGCUCCACCUAAUGGGAUGGCGUGGGAAGAAUGGCAUAUGUUACACGAACAUCAGUUGGAAAAAUAUACCCCUGAACAAUUUUUCUCUUUACAUGAUGUACAAAAGAAAGGGUUUCUAGAUAAGCACGAUAUCCUAGCGCUGUAUGGUUUAGAUAGACGUGAGGUUAUUGGCACUGGUGAUGGUAUGGGUCAACAUGAUCAAAGUGAAGAGAUCGAUGAACAAUUGGGUGAACGUGUUGUAAGUUUUAUUAUGAGACUUUUAGAUGUAAAUGAUGACAAUAAAGUGUUGAAGAGUGAAUACCUGGAUUUUGCUAAAGCAGACCACAAAUUCCCAGAUUUAGGUGUUGGUGUGGGUCAUCAUUCUGAUUUUGAACAAGAAUAUGAGAUCCAUCAUUGGAACAAAUUCCAUAAAGACAAUGAUCCAGAUGUCAAGAACGUCCAUAAGGAAGAUAUUGAGCAUGAAUUGCUGCAUCACGAACAUGAAAUCGAGCAUGAAGAAAAAGAACAAAGAAGUUCUUCAAGGGCUACUGUGAUUACUGAUGAUGAAUUGGAAUCCCGUAUAGAACUUAAAAACAUUCCACAAAGAUUUAAGAAUGGUCUCUUCUAA